AUGAUUCGUCACCCAAAGUCACGAAAUCUAAAGGUUAGCUUGUUACAAAACCCUUACGUGCAACUUUGUACGAAGAUGACUCCCUGCGCGGAGUUUCUUGUCGUGGUUUCUUCUUAUUUUGUCGUCGUGGGGGCUACUAUUCCUUACAAGACAGCUUAUUUUGGGCAAGAUCUCGAUCAUUUCAACUUCGUCCAAGCCAGUAAGGUCACGUUUAAACAGCGAUAUCUCUAUACAGGUAUCUACUAAGGCGCUUACCGUAAUUUCUGACUCGAAUGGAGCUUUGGAGGUGAAGCUGUUUAGUUUGUUAGAGAGCCCGGUUAAAUCUUAUGUCUCUCUUUCCCAAAGCUGAUGUAAUCGACACUGUGAGAAAUCAGGUUCUACUUUAGUUUAUUUAUAAAGUUCACCUUCUGUGAGAUUACAUAAUUUGUUGGAACGAAUGAUCGUCUCAAGCAAACAAAACAGCUAUCCCACUCUUAGCCAGCAUGUCAUCGAACUGAAUUUUAAAAGUAUGCAAUACCUCUGAUAAUGGAAUCACCCGUAUUUUAACUGAAUUUCUCUUAAACAAUUUAGUAAUUGUGCUGAAGUGAAGAAAACUUGAGUAAGACAUGUUGAACAGUAGAUGAGCUUAGAGCAAUCACUAUGUUGGGAAAAAGAGAGGCUAUGAGGAUUAAAAGCGACACAGAUUAAAUAUUUUGAAUACAUUUGUGGCUCAGUGUUCUGAUUUUCCUCCUUUUUUUGGAAGGGGGUGGACUGGGUGGGGGAGGAAAGCCUUGGAAAGGAUCACAGAAAAUCCUAUAUGGCUGCAUGCCUAUCUUAGAGGGGAAGAGGGGACACCCAUAGGAAACAAUUUCAAUCUGCAACUGAUUGCCUAUGUACUAUAGACUUGUGAAGUAAAAAAUAGCUUUGAAUUGAAGCCUGGAAUCGAAGUAAGUCAAGAACCAGGUGCUGAAUGCACCCCUCCCCCCCCCCCCCCCAACAAACAGCAUUUGCAGCAGUAUCUUUAAAGGUUGGUUACUGGACGUCUAUCGCUGCCCAUAAGACCUCUUACGCCUGUUACACAGCUGUCUCUUACACCAUCAGCAGCCACAUAUGGAAUAAGUUAUUGAAACCCCAUGCCAGUAUUUAGAAUUUGUCUUUCUGAGGCCUUGAGACACCAGUUUUGGGGCCUGUUUCCUGAGAAUGGCUAGUGAUACUUGCAAAAACAUGGAGGUGUUCUGAGUGGAAUAAUUUGUUAAGCCCAUUGCUAAAUUUUGUGUCACAGAUCAGUACUGGGAUGAAAAAGGACCAAUUUUCUUUUACACUGGCAAUGAAGGACCAAUAACUAGUUUUUGGGAAAACUCAGGCUUUGUUUUCGAAGCAGCUCAGAAGUUCAAUGCUUUGGUUAUUUUUGGUGAACAUGUGAGUACACAAGGAUGCUUUGUGUGAAUGUUGGGUAAUAAAACAAAUCUGUUUUCCCAAUGGCAAUGUAUCGUUUUUGUCAUUGUUUUCUCUAUCCAAGAACUGAAUGCAUAAUGUGGUAUGGGGCUGUGCGGAAAUUUUACUGAAUGUUGAAUAUCUGAUGCUCUGAUUUCUAGCAAGCAAAAGUGCAUUUUACCUUUAAUUUGUUGUGCUCUGUCUUCAUCCUUUUUUAGAGAUACUUUGGAGAUUCCCUUCCAUUUGGUUCGUCCUCAUUUGAUCAUGAUAAAGUUGGUUACCUUUCAGUGGAGCAAGCCCUUGCAGACUAUGCUGUCCUAGUGACUGAUCUUAAGAUUCAGUAUAAGGCCACAGAGAGUAAGGUUGUUGCUUUUGGUGGCAGGUACAUUGUAAUAUAACUUUUAAAAAAAAAAUUACAGUUGUUGUGGUCACCUACAUAGAAACUACAGCAUGAUUCAUUUUCCAUGUGACUCAGCAAGGUCUCAGAACGUAAAGUGCUCUGAUGACAUAUUCUGUAGCAUUAAUCUGUCCUUGAUUGGUUUUCAGUUAUGGUGGAAUACUGAGUGCUUACAUGAGGUUCAAAUAUCCAAAUGUAGUUGAUGUUGCCUUAGCAGCCAGUGCUCCAAUUUACAUGACCACUUUCCAGGGUAGUGAAAGAGACUCAUUCUUUGCUGCAGUGACAGAGGUGAUGGCUACAGUUUUUAUAACUUGCAUAAGAACAAUCAAUGAUUGAAUAUUCAAGUUUUCAUUGUUAUUUAGUUGUGCUACAACAUUUCCUUGCUGAUCAUGCCUACUGUAUCAACUGUUUUAGUUUCUUCUCUUGUCCAGCUUACUGAUCAGUGAUUCUCCCCAUAACAUCAAGGAAAUUACUAAUUUAGUUAAUAGUUGUUCAUUUGGUAAAAGAGUUGAGAGUCUAUUAAUUUUUCUCCUUCUUGAGAAUUAUACUGGUUAAAUUAGGAGAAUGAUAUAUCAUUUGUUAUUUGAGUUAAUUGUAGACAAAAAGUAUUUAAACUUAUUUGGUGAUAUUUAACAAUUAUGUUAAUUUCUGAUGAUGUUCAUGAAAGAUAAAACCAUCAACAGUAACUGCCAAACUAUUUUGUUUUCAUGUUUCAAUUUAUUCAGUUAAUUUAAUUAAGUUUUUUUGUAAUUUUUGUGUUUUAAUUUCAAGGACUUUUUAAAUGCUGAUGCUAAUUGUCCAGGUUAUGUUAUUAUGGCUUUUGAAAUGAUUGAGAUGCUGAAAAAUCAAGGAUCAAAAGGUACAUUAAAUAUAUUCAUUAAGUCAGUAAAUCAGUCUCUUUUAAGAAAACUUUUCAAGUAAAAUGUCAAAAUCAAAACCAAAGUAUUCCUAAUUAUGGAUUAUCAACAAAGUUAACUAUAACAAGGAGAUAGAUAACUCUUAUUUAAAGGCAAUUGCAUGCGUGGAUCUUUUAACCAAGUCACUAUGUGUGAAACUGAUCUGGAGUUUUAUUUUGAUAUGCAUUUAUUUCAAUCACAUUAUUUCAUGUAGGACUUGCUGAAAUCUCAAGGAUAUUUAAACUCUGCAAACCACUCAAGUCAACAGAUCAGGUAAGAAUUAUCUAAUUACCAUCACACAAACACAACCAUGACAGUGAAGUGAACACAGUUAAAAAUUAUGUGGAGCAGCAUUUAAUGACCCCAUGGUAAUUAUUUGUUAGUUUAUUUGCCAGAUUACUUCCUAUCUUCCUUCCUCUCCGUCAUUUCCUGUUCCCUUUUUCUCCCACCCACCCUCUCUUCCACCCUACCUCCCUCCAACCCACCUGCCCUUCCACCCUACCUCCCUCCUACCCAUCCUCCCUCCCUUUCACCCUCCCUCCCACACUUCCUCCCUCCCUUUCACCCCCCUCCCACCCUCCCUCCCUUUCACCCACCUCCCACCCUCCCUCCCUUCCACCCUCCCUCCCUUCCACCCUCCCUCCCUCAUUCUCUCUUCUAAAACUUUGGGGAGCAAAGAUCAAUGAUACAGGAGGGAGAUCACUUGCCUUCCAAUCCCAUUGCUGUGGCCUUGGUCAGAAUCCAUAACCUUGGGUCACUUGCAGGUGAGUUAUUUAUUGAUUCUCAUUGAAUCAAUCCUCAUUUGACCAAGAAACAGAGGAUGCAGGGCUGUGUUCUGGAUUUGUCACUGCUUAAUUCCUUUAUUGUUAUUCUUAUUUUUAUAACUGUUAUUAGUGUUACUUAAUUCUUUUCACAACUUUUGUUUUAUGUUUUCUUUCCUUUGUCCUUUGUAGAUCCUCCAUUUCAUCCAUUGUUUCAAUUGGCCCAAUAAUUUGGUUUUUGUUUUUUUGUUUUCAUUUUAGAUCCCUCACAUGUUACAUUGGAUUCGCAAUUCUUUCACAACCCUAGCCAUGUGUGAUUAUCCUUACCCAACAGACUUACUGGCUCCACUUCCUGGGCAUCCUGUGAACUUGGCAUGUAAAUUGAUGGCAAGUGCAUCAUCCAAGGUUGAAGGUCUGGCUGAGGUCACAGCUUUAGUCUACAAUGGCACUAAUGGUACGCUGACUUGCCUUGAUCCAGAUACAGAGUACAUCAAAUGUGCAGACCCCACUGGGUGUGGCCUGGGUUUAGACAGUCUUGCCCAAGACUAUCAGGUAGUGGGUUGGAUAUAUUACUUGCCUAGUCAAGUAACUAAUAUAAUUGCUAUGUUUAACCAUAGUCUGCAUGGGAUGUAGGAACUAGUUAAAGAUGACAGUAACUACCACUUACUCUGGCUUAGAAAAAUUCAAGAUUUGGGAAAUGUGGGGGCUUUAUACAUGCUGGACUUCAGAUCUAAAGGUCCCAGGUCAAACUCUGACUGACUGGACUGUGUUGAGCAAGACAUGUAACAUUUUCUGGUUGUGUUUCUUUCUGUCAUUAAACAUAAAAAUGAGAUUUAUAUUUCAUCUUUUCAGGCUUGUACUGAGCUCACUCUUCCAGCUGGUUCUAACAACAAGACAGACAUGUUUCCACCUCUGCCAUGGACUCCAGAAAUGAUUGCAACAUACUGCAAGAAAAAAUGGGGUGUGGUACCUCAACCUAACUGGGCACCCAUACAGUUCUGGGGAAAAGGUUGAUCUUGAAAUACAUAGUUAGCAUAGUUAAGGCAUAGUUAGAGCUCCUGUGAGCAUACUUCGAGCUCCUCACAAAGCAGGAAAAGUAUCUAUGACUGGAACAAGCCAUCUAUGGGAUUGUAUGAACUCAGGGAUUAUGUGAAAUAAGAAAAAUGAGGUUUUGUUGAGGCAGCUGCUUAACCACUGAUGUUUUACUUUGUAAAUGAAUGAACAAUAUAUCAUGUCCCGUGGAUGGGAUGCUUAAUCUUUUCAAUUAACUGCCUAGUAGUCUGCUAGGUUCCACUUCCCCUACUGCUGAAUUUCCACCAUCCCCCCCCAAGAUGCUAAAUUUGUUCAGUUAAACCCUCAGCAUUUUGCCAGUUUCCAUUCCCCCCCCUUUCCCCGAAAGAGCUCAACACUAGAAAAAGAAAAAUUCUAUUUCUUUAAUUGAUUUUCCAGAUAUAUCUUCAUCUUCUAAUAUUAUUUUCUCCAAUGGUGACCUGGAUCCAUGGAGAACUGGAGGGGUAAGUUUACACUAUUACACUAUUUGAAGGGCUGUGGUUGCUUCCAACUGCUGUUGGAUUUAAAAUGUAUUGAUUAUAUUUUAGGUGUUAGAAGAUGUCUCACCAACACUGGUGGCACUUCUGGUCAAAGGUGGAGCUCACCAUCUUGAUCUGAGGUAUGUUUUAACCUUUUCGCUGACUAGAUUGAUCAAUAUGUAAGUUCUCAUCUUAUUGUUUUAGAAAGUUAAAGAGGCAGUUGCUGACAGUAAAGAAAAUUGUGAGCUCCAGACAGAAAACCAACUUCUCUGCUUUAACCAAUCAUGAAAUGUGUGGUGAUAUGUGGGGAGAAUUUUCUCUGAGAUCUUGAAGCAUGCUAGGUGCAGAGCAUACUAGCUGCCAAAGCCCUAUUUGGGGAUUUCCUGCAUUCCCUUGAUUUUUUUUAUUUUUCACUUUAAUCUUUUUGUUACCUGAAAGAUUGCUGGUAAAGAUUAAAAAAAAGAACAAAACCUUUUUUAGAGCGGUUUUCUUAUCAUUGUUGCUAUUUCAGUUUUAUCAAUUAUUGAUUUAAUUAUGUCAUACAGAGCAUCCAAUCCACUGGACCCUCCUACAGUGACACAAGCACGAGAACAAGAACUGGAACUGAUUCAAAAAUUCUUACAAUAGAGCAGGAUAAUUUUAAUGGACAACAAUAACAGUUGUUGUAUUACUCUUAAUAUUUUUUGUAUGCAUUAAUUCAAUAACAAUCAGACUUGUCUAUCAUUUGAUUUUUUUUAAAUGAUGGAAAAUAGAAAAGGCAUUUUUAAGAAAUGGUUGACAGUUGAGUCACUUUCAGGGUGCAUAACUUCAGAUAAAAUUUUCAUAGCAUAGAACUUACUAAUUAGGAAUUAGAAUUUAAAUAGAGAAUUUUAUAUUAAUUGAUUUCAUGCAAUGGAUGAAAUUCAAAAGCCUUGUACAAGGUUAAUGCUGUUGAUGAAUGUUAAAGAACAAUAAACUGUCUGAAAGGA